AUGCUGAACGCGAGCGGCGCGUGCGGCAACUGCACGCUGGAGUUCCCGCGCUCCAUCCAGGCAGCCGCAACGGGGGCCAUCGCGCUGCUGCUGGUGCUGGGCACCGCGGGAAACCUGCUCGUGCCGCUGGUGGUGUGCAGGACCAAGGAACUGCGCAACUCGACCAACCUGUUCCUCAUCAACCUGAGCGUGUCCGACCUCCUUGUGCUGCUGGUGUGCCUGCCCACCGCCCUGGUCGAGCUACACUCGCAGCCUGAGGUGUGGUUGCUCGGAGAAGGAAUGUGUCGCCUCGCGCCUUUCCUGGAGCUGGUGGUGGCGCACGUGUCCAUCCUGACCAUACUGGCGAUCAGCUUCGAGCGCUACUACGCCAUCUGCCAGCCGCUCAAGGCCGGCUACACGUGCACAAAGAUGCGCGCUCUGGCCAUCAUCAGCGCCGUGUGGCUCCUGGCGCUAGUGGUCACCAGUCCGAUGCUGUUCGUGUCCCAGUACGGCUGGGUGGAGUACUAUGACGGAAGUAUGGUGGCUUCAUGUGGCACCUCGUUCGGGCGGCCCUGGCGGCGCCUGUACAUCAUGGCCAUAAUGGCGCUCCUCUUUGUGCUGCCCUUGUUCGUGCUUCUGGUCGUGUACGCGAGCAUAGCGCGCCAGCUCGUGCGUCAGCGCGACAUCGGCAGCGCUCCUCCGUCGGUGCCCGAGCAGGCGCAGCUACGCGCCCGCCGCCAGGUGGUGCUCAUGCUGGCCGCCGUUGUGAUCAGCUUCUUCAUCUGCUUGCUGCCCUACCGGGUGCUCAUCCUUUGGAUCAUCGUCUCGCCCGCGCCCGUCGAGGAACAGGUGAGCCUGGAACUUUUCUACAGCCUGUUGUACCUGUGCCGUGUGAUGCUGUACCUGAACUCGGCGAUGAACCCCAUCCUCUACAAUGCCAUCUCGUCCAAAUUUCGCGUUGCCUUUUGCCGUCUGCUGGGUUUCCGUCACCGCAGGCGCCACUGCACCACCAACACGAGCACUUCACUGGCCUUCCAAAGCAGCUUUAGCAGUGGUGCCCCACACAAUGUCUGACAAUACCAACUCUGUGUUAAGUCAGGAACUCUGCACCAGCCGCCCUGCUAUAUUAAAGAAUGGUGACUUGAUUUGCAAUGCCAUCCCAGAAGCGGCAACACCGUAUCGCAGGGCCUUUCACCUCCUCCGAAUAAUUGCAGC